AUGGAUGAUGAUAAUGGGACAUCAGUAAAUGAAUUCAUUUUGUUGGGAUUCUCAGAUUUGAGAGGUUAUAAGCUCCCCCUCUUUUGGGGAGUGCUCUUUGUCUACCUGGUCACCCUAUGUGGAAAUUCCCUGAUCAUCACCCUUACCCUGCUUGACUCAGCCCUUAACACACCCAUGUACUUCUUUCUCAGACAUCUCUCUGUAAUAGAGAUUCUCUAUACUACCACUAUUGUGCCUAGGAUGCUGAGGGAUCUCCUCUUCUCACAUCCUGUCAUCUCUCCUGUUGGCUGCUUCACCCAGAUGUAUUUCUUUGCCCUCUUUGGCAUUGCUGAAUGCUGUCUGCUUGCUGCCAUGGCUUAUGACCGUUUUGCUGCCAUUUGCCGGCCCCUGCACUAUGCCACAUUAAUGAACAGACAGGUAUGUGUGGGUAUGGUGGGUGCUUCCUAUCUAAUGGGCAUCACCACAGGAACCACCCACUCCAUCUUCAUCUUUACCUUGCCCUUCCGUGGCACCAAUAUUGUUCACCACUUUCUAUGUGACAUUUUACCAGUUUUGAGGCUGGCAAGAGGAGACACAUUCUGGGCUGAGGUUGAGAAUCUUGUCCUCACUCUGCUUUUUAUCAUUGCUCCCUUUGCAUUGAUUGUGUUUUCGUAUGUCCGCAUCCUCAUUACAAUCCUUGGUUUAGCCUCUGCUCAGGGAUGUCAAAAAGUCUUCUCUACUUGCUCUUCCCACCUACUGGUUGUCCUCCUCUUCUAUGGAACUGCUUCCAUUGCCUACAUGAGACCUGGAGCCAAUACUACACAGGACAUGGACCAAAUCAUCUCCCUUUUCUACACAGUUGUAACCCCCAUGCUCAAUCCUUUUAUCUAUACUCUGAGGAACAAGGAGGUGAUGGGAGCCCUGAGGCGAAAGCUAACAAAACACCUUUGA